AUGGGCCUAUCACCGGAGGAGAUAAUGCACAUGGCACAUGGCGAAAUGGUUGAGGUUGAGCCUACAACGAGUAUUCCGCUACUUGACCUUGUAGAGCGAAGAUAUCCGGAGUGCUCGCCCCUGGAGAUAGUAAAGUAUCCGUUUUAUGUUGCUUUGCUGCUGAAGAAGCAAAAUAUGUGCAGAAUCAGACUCCCGAUGUAUUUGCAGAUGGAAAGUUUGCAGCGGAUACUUGCGGAAGAGAACGAGAUGGUGAAUGAGUAUUCUUAUGUGCCAGCACAUUUUUUUUCACUGGCACAUGUGCUUCUAAACAACUGCUAUAACACUGAGGAUGUAGAGGCAAGUAAAGCGAUGGUUGAGAAGAUUAAAGAGAUAAGGCUUCGAAAGACAUUGCAAGGGAUUAAGUGCUUAGAUGGAAGUGCACUGAACUUGAACAACAUAACGAUUCUUGAAUUUAACGAGAUUAAGGAAUUAGUUCUGAAUGCAAUUAAUACAGGUAAAAAGAUAAUGAAUGGUUAUGAUAAAUAA